UAGAACGCCUGACUCGACGCAGCCAUUGCUCGACUGUUGGGUUGUAAAAAAAACAAAAAAACAAACAUCGAGUUCUGAGUCUUACUUGAAAUAAACAUCAGGAGAAAAUAGUGUUUGGAAGCUGAAUUCCCCUUUUAUGCGUCUAGUGAGUUCGGAGAAGAAUCGUUUCUGUCGGUAAAAUGGGAAACUGCCACACCGUGGGACCGAACGAGGCCCUUGUGGUUUCAGGUGGCUGCUGUGGCUCAGAUGAGAAAACAUAUGUGGUGGGAGGCUGGUCCUGGGCCUGGUGGCUCAUUUCUGACAUCCAGAGAAUGUCUCUGGAGGUUAUGACCAUCCUCUGUCGCUGUGAGAAUAUCGAAACCUCGGAGGGUGUUCCCCUGGAUGUGACAGGGGUGGCUCAGGUGAAGGUGAUGACAGAAAACGAGCUGCUGGGAUACGCCUGUGAACAGUUCCUGGGGAAGUCUGUGGUCGAGAUCAAGAGUGUGAUCCUGCAGACCCUGGAGGGUCACCUGCGUGCCAUCCUUGGCACCCUGACCGUUGAACAGAUCUACCAGGACAGAGACAGAUUUGCUGCUCUGGUGCGAGAGGUGGCCUCUCCCGAUGUCGGCCGCAUGGGCAUCGAGAUCCUCAGCUUCACCAUCAAGGAUGUGUACGAUAAAGUGGAGUACCUGAGCUCUCUGGGAAAAACUCAGACGGCUGCCGUGCAGAGGGAUGCAGACAUCGGAGUGGCAGAGGCAGAGAGAGACGCUGGCAUCAGGGAAGCUGAGUGCAAGAGAGAAAUGAUGGACGUGAAGUUCUUAGCCGACACAAAAAUGGCCGACUCCAAGCGAGAGCUGGAGAUGCAGAAGGCUUCCUUCAAUCAGGAAGUGAACACAAAGAAAGCAGAGGCUCAGCUGGCGUACGAGCUGCAGGCGGCCAAAGAGCAGCAGAAGAUCCGUCUGGAGGAGAUCGAGAUCGAGGUGGUGCAGAGGAAGAAGCAGAUCUCAAUCGAAGAGAAGGAGAUCAAUCGUACUGACAAGGAGCUCAUCGCCACUGUGAAGAGACCCGCCGAGGCUGAAGCCUACAAGAUGCAGCAGCUGGCAGAGGGACAGAAGACAAAGACGGUGCUGACGGCUCAGGCAGAGGCGGAGAAGAUCCGUUUUAUCGGUGAGGCCGAGGCCUCCGCCAUCGAAGCGGUGGGAAAGGCGGAGGCUGAGAAGAUGAGGCUGAAGGCCGAAGCUUACCAGCAGUACGGAGACGCUGCCAAGACGGCUCUGGUCCUGGAGGCUCUCCCCAAGAUUGCCGGUAAGAUCGCUGCUCCGCUGGCAAAGGUCAAUGAGAUCGUCAUCCUGAGCGGAGAAGGCAGCCGUGUGACUGGAGAGGUGAACCGUCUGUUAGCCGAGCUCCCCGUGUCCGUCAACGCCCUCACCGGGAUGGAUCUGACGAAGAUGCCUCUGCUGCAGAAGAUGAUCAGCCCUCAGUGCUAAACCGCCAUGUGGAGGACACGCUCCACAGACUCGUGACUCUGAACCCACCGAUAUUUAUCUGCCUCAAGCAUGAUGAUUUUCAGCCUCUGACCCCUUAUGCAAACUGCCUUUGACCACAAACACUUGAUGCCAACUUAUUUUUUAGAUGUUUUUAAGAGUUUUUCUGAAUCGUUUUUCUGAAAUUUCUGACCUUAACCCUGAAGGACCAGACGCUCUCUUUAGUUCUUUAGUUUGUAGACGUUUUGAGUUUGUGUCACUUCACUAGUUCACCAGAGUUUUAUGCUGCAAUCCUUUUAGUUGUACACAUAACCCAAAACAGAGUAUUUGAGUUCAGGGACUACAGUUGGGGCUCCGCCCACUUUUAACCUGAUCCUGUUUAAGAUCAUUUAUCAUUUCAGUUGUGGGGGAAUCAAGGAAUGAUUGACCUUUGACCUGCUUCAGCGUCAGACUAAAGCCGGCUUUAUACUUCUGCAUCCAAUCCACGCUGCCGUGAGCUCUACUCUGGCGUUGUGUCGACACGUGGUCACAUGUUUGAGGAGGUGCACGCCAGGUUAAGAGAAACGCCAACGGUGCAGGUUCGCUGCGGAAGUAUAAAUCAAGCUUAAAGUUUGCAGGUCACCUCUUCCUCCUCAGGUGUCGCAUAUGUUCCCAAUGAGAGCAGACUGAAGUGCCCCGCCUCCUCCUUAUAAUCCAGUCUAUCGUCCAUCACUCAGAGUGCCGUCAGUGAAGUAGCGUGCAGCAGUCUGAGCACGGUGUGGCAGCUUUUAUUUCCUCUUUGCUUUUAAAACUCUUUUUUCUUUUUUUUAGGUUAGUUGAAAAUAACUCGGAGAACUUGUUACCAAAACUGUCUCACUUACUGCUCAGCAGAGCGCCACUCACUGUGAUCCUUAGCAUGUUCCAGGAGCAGGUGCACGCUAGCUGUUACCUCACCGUUUGUCGUCUUGUCGCCCGUCUCGUCGUCUGGUGUGCAGUGCCUGUUCAACACUCAAGUGCCCAAUCCCUCAGGACAGGGGUUUGGCUUCAGAUGGAUUCUUGUCCGACUAUAUCUCGAUGUGUAGAUAUCAUCCCUGAACUCUAACAUCUGCUUUUACUAACAAUCGUGCAGAAUGCUAGCUCGUUAUAAAGAAGCCAUAAUUAGACAUGAUUAGCCUUAAAGACUCUCUGGACGCCUGAUUCUGUAUUAUUCAUGUAGCGCCGCGUCAGAGCUUUAACUCAUUCACCACUUUUUCCUCCCGUUAUGUUGUUCAAGCUGUUCUCUUCACACUCUUCGUAUUUGAACCUGAGUAACCCUGCAGCCCUGCAGGAUGAAAGAAGCCACUUGUUGACCCCGAUGUGUGACGUCAGAGCCGGGACUUUAAAUGUUUGCGACCCGUUGAUACGUGAACACGUGAUUGUGUUAUAGACGCUGCCGUCACAUCGUGUUUGUGUUUCGUUUGCUUCAUGUAGUGUGGAGCCGUUUGAAUAACCUGCUGACGCAACACGUGAUGAUCUCUUCGCUUCACAUUCGGUCAGUUUAUUUACUUAGAGGCCAAUCAGUAAACGUUUGAAGCCAGUCCAGAAUCCUUUUUAUUUCAGUCCUUAAAUCAACUCUGGAUCACAAUCAGCUUUGCUCUCAAUGGGACUACAUAUUUCGUCCAGAGGGGGCGCCAAAUCCUCACAGCUGCUUUUAGAGAAAUACUUUGUUUCAUAGCAAAAGCUUUGGGGGGGGGGGAUAUUUUAUGGGGAAAAAUCAAAUCCUAAAAUCUUUUUAAUCAUCUCCUGUCACUAAAGCAAAGAAAAUAUUUCUACUCUAAUUAUGUUGAUUGUUUCAAAAAAGAAGUAUUUUGUUUUUUUUGGCUCAUUUAAAGUUUGUGACUUGUCUCUGUAUUCCAGACCGACUCUGUCCCUUUGCUGGGAUCAUGAUCACAGUUACCUGACAGGAUCUGGUUUAGUUUUCUUGUCCUUGUUGCACACAGUGUGCAACUAGUUUCCGCCUCCAGAGGGCAGCGGCAGGGUUCACGGUUUGUGUCUUCAGAUGAGUCUUUAUGUUGCUGCCUGGUGAAGAUUUCACCUCCACCUGGAUCCUUGUGGUCCCAAGUGGACCUUUUAUAGACCACUUUCUUCACCUGAAAUAUAUAUAUAUAUAUAUAUAUAUAUAUAUAUAUUUUUUUUUUACUGCUGACAAAGGAAGUUCAAAUCGACCACUCUUUUCUUUCUGUGAAUAAACAGCUUCUGGUUUCCUUUAAGUGAACCUUCAGACUAA